CGCCGCGCAAUACCUACGCAACCUCCCACUGCAUUCUCGAAUUCCGAUUCCCAAUCCAGCAAACCCUACCAGCCUUUUGCAAACUCAGAGAGGGACCCGAUGGCACCCAAGGCGGAGAAGAAGCCGGCGGCGAAGAAGCCCGCAGAGGAGGAGCCCGCGGCCCCGGCGGAGAAGGCUCCCGCUGGGAAGAAGCCGAAGGCGGAGAAGCGGCUCCCGGCGGGAAAAUCCGCCGGCAAGGAAGGCGGUGUUGACAAGAAGGGGCGGAAGAAGGCCAAGAAGAGCGUGGAGACGUACAAGAUCUACAUCUUCAAGGUGCUGAAGCAGGUGCACCCGGACAUCGGCAUCUCCUCCAAGGCCAUGUCCAUCAUGAACUCCUUCAUCAACGACAUCUUCGAGAAGCUCGCCGGCGAGGCGGCCAAGCUCGCCCGUUACAACAAGAAGCCCACCAUCACCUCCCGGGAGAUCCAGACCUCCGUCCGCCUCGUUCUACCCGGCGAGCUCGCCAAGCACGCCGUCUCGGAGGGCACCAAGGCCGUCACCAAGUUCACCUCGUCCUAAGCUCCUUUCGAGUAGGUCCUUAAGCGCCGUGGCGCCUUUUGACUGUAUGGAAUGUUUGUCAUCUGAAAGUUGAUCUGAGCAGUGCAAUAUAUAAUUCUGGCAUACUAUUCUCGCAAUCGUUUUGGGGUUCAGAAUGGGACUGACAUCAGAGUAAUAUGUGGCAUACCUUCUGAUCCUCUGUACUCGAGAGGAUUUUGUUGUGGAUAAGCCACUUGCUGCCUUUGUUUGGUGGAUAAUUGCUUCGAGCAUAAGAAACAGUGUAUGCUGCUAUAAACAUCUAUUUGCUA